AUGUCAAGCAUUCAAGAGACUUCAGCUGAAUUUAAAUUAGCUCGCUUACUUGCCCUGGUGGCUUCAGCCUGGGGUUUGGUAUACCGCAAGUUUUUCCUUGACAUGCUUGGAGCUAAUCUUGGUCCUACUGGUAUCAUACCGAACAUUAAUAUCAGUGGUUUGAUCUUCAUUACUGAAACAAUUGCAUUGUUGCAGAUACUCAUCGAAUUACUCAGUCUCUUCAGUUUGAUGCUUAACUACCCUAUCAAAUUCUUCUCAGGCUUUAAGCAACACAAAUUGAGAAUAGGUGUCCUUUAUUUUACUGGUACACUUGCAUUAGGUGUUUAUCAGGCUGUUGAUGGUGGCGUCUACAUGCUAAUAAGUGCUACUAUCUACCAGGUACUUCUGUACAUUCACAAGCCGCCAAGAGACACUUCUGACUCAAGCAUCGUAAUACGUUACGGCCCAGAGGUCACACAAUCUAUCAAAAACAAACCGAAAGCAGACUACAUUCAUUUUAAAUCAAACACCAUUCUGGAUAAUACAAGAGUAAACGCAUCCUUAGACGACACCAAAAACGUCGCCAACUGCCUAGACAUGGCUAGUUGUCCCUUUGCUGAAGUUUAUAAUCUGAGCCUCGAUGAUCAACAUGAUAUAAAGAGGCGUCAAAAUUUUGAUGAUGGAAAGUAUCAUGGUGUUGGUAGCUUAUCGGGCAGUCGAGAUUCAACUACACCUCCAGACGCCCAAGUGCUUCCUAAUGAUGCUGAUAGUUCAACUAUAAAUAGCAAGUCAACAUCGAAUGUAAAUAGUGAUAAGAAGUUAAAGUCUUCAUCCUCAUCAGAUAAUGUAGAGAUAGAAAAUAUUGAAGAUGAAGAUGACUUGGAAGAUGACAUAACAACAGAUAGUGAUGGAGACGACAACGACAUUGAGAAAGAUGAGGAAAUUGAAAUCCCCGAUGCGGAAGAUGACAGUGACCUCUCUGAUGAUCGUCCAGAUUCGACGAUUCCUCCUUCAAAUAGUAACGAUGAUGAGGCAACAGCUUCCAUAUCAGACACUUCACCCGAUUUUAAGGUCGCCUACCUCUCUCCUAUCUUCAUUAUAGGUGGUCUAGUAGCAUUAUUUACCAUUGUCGGUUUAAUUUAUCGUCGUCGUCGUCGCAAUCGAUUAGCAAGGGAACGUGAAAUGGCUUUGGAAAAUGGGUCAAGCGAGGAUAUGGACUCUCAUUUAUCAAAAUCAGUUGAAGCUAACGUAUUCUCGGGAAAUUUGGAGGAAGAACCACGUCAUUCAAGUUGGCAGACUAACGAUGAUGCUGAAAUGAUGUCUCCUAAUACACAAGCUUUCAUACAGGCUUCAAAUGCUAGAUUAGAUAGACCUUGGACUUAUCAACCUUCGGGAUUGUCUCCACAAUCAUUUCGUAACGAACCGUGGAAAUGGCCUUCUAACCAUACUCCUAAAGAUGUCUCAAAGCCAUUAUAUCAUCACACAAACUCAUCAUUUCAACCACCAAGUCAAAUAACAGACGAGUUCCUCAAAUCUCCCCUUCCUGAGGGCUAUCAAGAUGCUUCACCAGAAGAUAUAGAUCGCAAUUUCGUUGAAAUGGGUGACAGAAAAAAAUACAAUUCUGGCUCGAUGGCAUUCUAUUCGAACGCUAUGAAAUCUGUUUUUGAUGGUGAACGUAAAAAGUCUGGUUCGAUUGGCAAGAAGUUCCUCUCACGUAAGGCGACAGCCGAGAUGGACAAUGGUCAAGGUCCUCAAAUUAGGCAAAGGAAAGUCUCAGACAAGCAGGCACAGCAGAUUUCUGAGAAUGAUGAUAACAACUUUAUAUCUUCCGCAUUCUCUCCUCCACUUCGUAGCUCAACCCCAUGGUGGGAAAUCAGUCAGGCCGUUAAAACUGUCUUUAAUCCACCCAAACGAGAACCUACGCCAGCUUUUGGAGGCUUUUUCAAGAGAAGCUCUACACCAGCUAAUCCUCUUGUUAAAGAGAUGCAAACAUUAAACCAAAACGAAUCGGAGCCUUCCGAGGAAAAUGUUCUUACACCGAUCAGUAAAGAUAUAAAAUCACCCGUUCCGAUUUCGUAUGAUCAAAUAAAAUCGGAGUCGAACUCAACGGAUGAGACUCAGAAAAUGGAGAUGCCACCACCACCUCUACCAAAAUCACCAAACAAGAAAGUUAAGCGGGAGAAGAAAAAGUCUAAAAGCAAUAAGCAUACUUUCUCGCCAACGUCACCUAUAGUUAUGAAUGCUGUGAUGGAUCAAAAUAUUGACUUAACAUCUCAACACAAAUUAGAGAAAGGCAAAGAAAAGAUACCUCACUCACCUCUGCUUGAACAACUAGCGCGCUCACCUGUACCUUUAAGCCCAAAGUUUGCGGAACUGUCGAACAGGGAUGAAAACAGUGAUUUUGAAGAAGACGGUCCAGAAAUGAAUGAUGAUAAUGCUCAUUCACAAUUCUACACGGUCAAAGAUAUGAAAAACAUCCGCGAUGAGUUCUCAGAUGAAGCAGCAAAACUUCGAGAAAUGGCUAUAACACCAUUCGUUAAGGGCCAAGGAAGUACCACCAAGGGUAUAUCUGAAGUAGUCUCUAGUAACAUGAAGGAAUCUCAAUCUCAAUUGACGCCACCUGGAUUAUGUCCUGAGACACAAGUGCAGUCACCUCAGCAACAAGAUGCCACAUUGUCUCAGUUGCCGUUUGCUCAAUCUCCUCAGUUAGGUGGUAAAAAGACUCACCCUCCAUCUUGGUCAUUAGAAGCUCAAGUUCCUAGGGUUGUAUCUCCACCACCAAAUGCAAUUAGUCCACCGUUAGUGUCAGAUUGGCACAACCUUCCAGAGACUUUGCGUUCCCCUCCUCCACAAGCUGUGAGGUCAGAGAUGAUUUUCCAAGCAAACGCAAACCAAGCAGGUCAUCAGUCAAUAACGGCAGCUCUGACCAAAGAAUUCGAGAACCAGAAUAAGAACGAGGACGUAGGAUCGGAAGUUAAGUUGGAGGAUGAACCUGAAGUUGAGACUUGGAGUGAAGGUAGUGGUUCUACUGUGUUCUAUGAGGAUGAAACAUACCAAGACGAUGGUAUAAUUAAUAUUGGAAGAAGCAAUACAAGUACGAAGGUAUCAUCUCAACCUGGUUCUGUAGGUGCUGCAUCGACAAGAUCCAAGAUACGGAGAUACAAAACCAGGAGAAGCGCCAUGUCAACGAGUACCAGAUAUAGGAAUUCACAAACGUCAGCACCGAAUAAUUUCGAGGAGAAUUCUAAGGUAUCUCCAAACAAUAAUGAGCAACAACGGAUGGUAGUUGAUGACUGGAAGAAAGUUGAAUCCAAUAGAAAUAACGUCUCAGCCUCUACAGAGGUUCAUGCAGUAGAGAGAAAUGUUAAGGAAUCACCUAUUGAUGAGCAAUUCGCAUCACCACUAAAUGAAGUAAACGAAUCACCUAAAAGGAGUGAUGAUGAUUUUAAAUCGCCUAAAUCUGAUGAUUUCAAAAGUUCCAAGUCGAAUACAUCUGUAAUGAAGUCGCCCCUAUCCUCUGAUUUUCUACCUACAAUCGAGGCAACACCAGAAUUAGCGAGAUCAUCAACAAUGAAAAAUUACUUGAUGAGAUUACCUUCAAUCAAACAAGCUACUGGAAUGGGCUCCAUUGAUAUGAACGCAAUGGCUAAUGAUAGAUUACCUUCACCAGCGUACAACAGUUAUGAAAGCGGUAAUUAUAAGUACAAUUUCAUAGGCAAAGGUCAAGGGAAUUUAGAAAGUCCACAAUACUCGUCAUUGAAUGAUCAAGAUGAUUCAAAUAAAGCAUUAGCUAAAGUCGAUGAGAUUUUAACUUCCUCAUGGAGUUCCAGAAUCAGUUCGGAUGAUCUGGAGGAAGCACCACCCAGAAGGAGAGGUGCAGCUGUAGCACCUCGUACUCGCAAACUGCUUGAAGCAAGAAUGAGAAGAGAAAGAUCCGAAUCACCAACAUCUUCAAUAGCUGAAAAUGAACAAUAGUUAAAAGU